CCCGCGUUGCCGGGUUAGGCUCCGCUUCGCCGCGACCCCGUAUGGGACGAGCGGUUCGGGCGAUGUGAGCUAUUUGCAGUGACCCCCUUUGAUCACAAACACAUUGUCUUCAUGUGAGUCACAAAACUCACGUUCUGAUAGAUGCGAAAAUUAGAUGUAAAUCAUGCACCGUAUAACGCUAACAAAUGUAAAUAAAAAAACUAUAAAAUGUAACACUUGUGCCCUUUACCAAAUCCAUCCGUCCAUUUUUCAUAGCCGCUUGACCGGCGCAGGGACACGUCGAUUUGGACCCCGUCCUGGAAGUGUAGUUAGAAGUCAGUGAAGAGACCGGUCGCCUCGGAGGGUCAGUAAGAGCACGUGGGGCUCGGUAAUUUUGAUGAAAUAUUUAUUUCCGCAUCUACGCAACGAUGACGAGGGCGUCUCGCAAGAUGCCGAAACGUUCGCAACUAGAUGAGCGAGUCCCGCACGCGCUUCGUAAGCAGACUGGGAACGCGGCAGAGUACGUCCUUGACGGGGGGCGGAUCCGACCGCAGGACAAUCAACGAGGGCGAUUUAUCAUCGGCGCGCGUGUCCACCUGAAGCACGUCCGCGGAGGGAACCGUCUGGGUACAGCGAGAACGUGCGCGCCGAGCAUAGAACGAGCUGGAUUUGAACCCGCAGCCCAGGAGUUCCGAGACACUCGCGCCGCGCACUCUUACCGCGUCGGCCAAAAGUAAAAUGUCCCUGCGGGAAAUCGGCUCGGCCCUCGCGAGACGGACGGGACCCGGGACGGUCGGCGAAAGAGCAUGGAGCCCGCAACCCAAUCCGAAAUGGGCGCCGUCCCCAACGGGAAGGGUCACGACGUCGGGGAGAACGCGAGCGUGGCUGAGAAAACGCCGGCGGAGGCCGCAGACCAUCCCCACAGGUUGGAACCGGCCGAGGGGAACCUGGCAGAAAGUCAAGGGUUCCUGCCCAACGCGGAGGACAUGAAAACCACUCAGUUUACUGACUUUGAAGGGAAGACGUCUUUCGGCAUGUCGGUGUUCAACCUGGGAAACGCCAUCAUGGGCAGCGGAAUUCUGGGACUGGCGUACGCCAUGGCCAACACUGGCAUCGUUCUCUUCUUGUUCCUACUCACUGCUGUGGCAGGCCUCUCGUCGUAUUCCAUUCAUCUGCUGCUCAAGUCCUCAGGCAUUGUGGGGAUCCGGGCCUACGAGCAACUGGGUUUCAGAGCCUUCGGCAUCCCGGGGAAGAUGGCAGCUGCAGUUGCUAUUACUUUGCAGAACAUCGGAGCCAUGUCCAGUUACCUGUACAUCGUGAAGUACGAGUUCCCGCUGGUGAUCCAGGCCUUCCUGAAGGUGGACAAGCCAUCGGAUGAGUGGUACCUGAACGGCAACUACCUGGUGAUCAUAGUCUCCGUGAGCGUCAUAUUACCCCUGGCGCUGAUGAAGCAGCUCGGAUACCUGGGCUACACCAGCGGCUUCUCGCUCAGCUGCAUGGUCUUCUUCCUCAUUGCGGUCAUAUACAAGAAGUUCCAGGUGCCCUGCCCCUUCGCCGACUUCUCCUACAACGGCACGGCUGCGCUCAACGUCAGCGCCGCGCAUUCCGUGGAGGACGAAGGUCCGAGUCCCUGUAACCCACGGAUGGUCACCCUCAACUCACAGACAGCGUACACCAUCCCCAUCCUUGCCUUUGCCUUUGUUUGCCACCCAGAGGUGCUGCCCAUCUACACCGAACUGCGCAACCCCUCCAAGAGAAGGAUGCAGCAUGUCUCCAACAUCUCCAUUGCAGUCAUGUACAUCAUGUACUUCUUGGCCGCGCUCUUCGGAUACCUGACAUUCUAUGGCAACGUGGAGGCGGAGCUCCUGCACACCUACAGCCGCAUCGACCCCUACGACAAGCUGAUCCUGUGCGUGCGCCUGGCUGUCCUCACCGCCGUCACUCUCACUGUGCCUAUUGUCCUGUUCCCAGUGCGACGGGCCAUCCAGCAGAUGCUCUUCCCCAACAAGACCUUCAACUGGCCUCGUCACAUUUGCAUCGCUGUCGUCCUGCUCACCCUCAUCAAUUUGCUGGUCAUCUUCGCCCCCAACAUCCUGGGCAUUUUUGGCAUCAUCGGAGCCACGUCGGCCCCCUGCCUCAUCUUCAUCUUCCCGGCCAUUUUCUACAUUCGCAUCGUGCCCAAGGAGGAUGAGCCGAUGCGUUCCGUCCCCAAAGUCUUGGCUGCGUGCUUUGCUGGACUUGGAUUCCUUUUUAUGAUCAUGAGCUUGAGCUUCAUUAUCAUCGAUUGGACGACGGGGAGCAAAAAUUCUGGCAGCGGCCAUUAGAUUCCCACGUCCCUCAUUUUCUAAAGAACUGUGCAGAUCAUUUUUCUUUUUUUGUUUCAUACAUUGUAGAGGAUGCACUAUCUCUUCCGGCAGGGCAGGGCGAGCCAUUUGUAGGGGGGUGGGGCUUUUGAAAGUCCACCGCGUCGAUCUCACAGCGAGCACAUGCCCUCCAGACUUCCACCAGCCUCACCCCGAUCUCCUAGUACCAGAGGCCUUAGGUGCUCAUUUGCCUGCCAUCCUUUCCUAUGAGGAUGGGAGGCUGCAGGUACUGAAACACAUCCCACGCAACGGAGCGCGAUGGGGGUGGGGUCGGGGGGUAAGGAUGUGGAUGUGUCCUCCUCCCUCGUUCGCGUCAAACUGGGACCUAGCAGGGCUGACCGCUCAUGAAAACGUCAUUGUUGGCCGAGAGCGACUUCUCUCCUCUCCUCUGCACCCAAACAGCUGUGGUCCCGAAAGCCACGGGAGUAACUGAGGUGUGUUGUGUGUUACCCGUGUGUUUCUGGACCCUGGUAACGUGUUGCUCGACUCUUUCUUGCCCUCUCUGAGGGCGAAGGUUGGCGAAGGCAUGCAGCUGCGCCCAAAAGACCGCGGAGCUCGAGCAACGGCGGCAGAGCAAAGUCGGCCGCGCUGGGAGGCUGCGGUCAGGCUUCACGACCCGAAGGAUAGUGCAUCCUAAAAGCAGCAGAACUCGACCGAGGACCCCCCGCCCCGAAACCCACACGCCCCCCACCUUGUCAGCCCGUCACCUCGCACCUUCCGUCUCCGCAGACCUUCGCUUCCGGAGCACGAGUAGCGCCGACACGGCGGAGCUUUUCUCGCACCGUCGCAGCACACGCACAAGGGCUGCGCUACAUGUGCCAGGUAUUUUGUGCAAUAGCCGAGGUGAAGCACGCCUAUUGGGCUGCAGAGCCGUGCCAGGGGAACCGCAGCUGUCCGGUCCACUGUGCCCCCCCGCAGCAAACUUUGUGCUCCCGUUGAGCCGCUGCCUUUAUUCCACCGUCCCCAGGAGAGAGCAAUACAACAUGUACGGCGUGUGGCCUUGUGUGUUAAACAUACAGUAAGAUGACAUGAGCACAUUUUAAAAUAUGCAUUUGAACUAUUUCUGAACGGAGCGGUCGAACGCCAGCGGGUGAAACCGAAGACGGCCCCCCAGUAUACGGGACUCCGGAUGUUCGUUGUCUGGUCGCCGGUACCGCGUUCUUACAUUUACAUUUAUUCGCUUUGCAGACGCUUUUCUCCAAAGUGACUU